AUGGAGAAGCCAAAGGCCCACAGCUUCGGGCCGCCGUUCAUCCCGAAGCACUCGCUCUUCCACGGCCUGCACAAGCCCACAACCAACAACACCCUCUGCCUCGCCUCGACCUCCAAAAAGCUCCCCGACCGGCUGCCGGGCCACCCGCAAACGCGCCUACUGCACAGUGAUCUGGCCGCCUUCCUCAAACGCGACUUGGAGACGCCCAAGCUCGACCGCUUUUACCACUGGCUCUGGAUGGUCGCAGCGGCGGCGACGCGCGAUCGACCAAUCAACACGCUGACGCACCAGCAGGUGCGCGGGCGUGAUGUUACCGUCUCACAGAACCCGGAGCUGCACUGCGUGUGGCACGACAAGCGCAUCUUCCUCAAGCCCAUCCCGGCAUACCUGCUGUCGUACGAGUUCUGGGAUGCCGUCUUCACCGAGGAGUGGUGUGCGACUGAAGAGGGGAGGCUGGUGGUGAGCAGCACGCUGGGUUUCAUGCGGAGUUACUCGUACCUCGUGCAGCACCCGUCCGACUUUGCAAUCGCGACGUCGAAGGGGUUGAUUCCGGAGAAUGUGGGUGUGGGGCCGGCUGACGCGCGCGAGGAAAAGGACGGAGAGAAGGAGAAGGACAAAGAGCCGGCGAAGAUCACGUUUGAGGACUUCAUUGCCUUCAUUGAUUGGUUCAACAACACUAAAGUGGGAGACGACCAGGUCUCGUUGCGGUAUCACUAUGGUGACCUCCGCCUCAGCAGGCUCAACUUUUGGGCCAAGUUCGUGCUCCGCGACUUCAACUUCGAGAAAGCCUACGGCAACUACGACGCCUACUUCUCACGCUUCUACGGCCCGCUUCUGUUCACCUUCGGUUGUAUUAACCUUAUUAUGGGCGCUAUCAAUCUGGGAAUAAACACGGAGAAAGGAGGGUGGAAGAGCGCGAGUUGGAAGCACUUGUACGACGUGGGGAACGUCUUCGCCAUCAUUAUUCUUGUGUUCAUCUGCCUUGUCAUCCUGACAUUGGUUGGACUGUUCACUUUCAUGGCCAUGAAGGAGGCCGUGUAUGCCGUGAAGGAGCAUCGGAAGAAGCUGGAAAGGGCGCUUGGGUUGCUUGACGAGGAGAAGGGCGCCAAGAGCCAUUGA